GUCCGUACUAAUUACAGCGCUUUAGUGGGCAGUGAGUUCGGACUGAGUUCGACUUAGUCACGGAUCGAACGCCAUGCGACACGCGAUCUGGUUUCUCGCAACGCUCGGGGCUUAUUCGCUCUAUGGCCCUAUGGUUUUGGGUGGAUUCGUGGAGGAUACCUUUCCAGCGAGUGUGAUUGAGGACGCCCAACUGAAUUCGAUACAGCUGCUGGAGAAGUACAAGCAUCCAGCGGAAACCCAUCAGGUGACCACGGAAGAUAAAUAUGUCCUGACCCUCCAUCGCAUUCCCCGACCUGGGGCCAAACCGGUGCUGUUGGUUCACGGCCUGGAGGACACUUCUUCCACCUGGAUUGUGAUGGGCCCACACAGUGGCCUGGGUUACUUUCUGUACGCCAACGGAUACGAUGUCUGGAUGGGCAAUGUCAGGGGUAAUCGCUACUCUAAAGGCCAUGUAAAACUUAAUCCAAAUACGGACAAGGCUUACUGGAGCUUCUCGUGGCAUGAGAUCGGGAUGUACGAUCUGCCGGCCAUGAUCGAUGGGGUUCUGGAAAAAACAGGAUACCAAAAGCUGAGCUAUUUUGGCCACUCCCAGGGAACAACCUCGUUCUUUGUGAUGGCUUCGAGUAGACCGCAGUACAACUCUAAGAUUCAUUUGAUGAGCGCUCUGGCCCCUGUGGCCUUUAUGAAGCAUAUGAAGGCUCCACUCCUGGGAAUGGCCCGCAUGGGCAUCAACAUGUUUGGUGAAAACUUUGAGCUAUUUCCACACUCUUCCCUGUAUCUUAACCAGUGUAUUUCCUCCGCCCCCUUGCUGAAGACCUGUAUGCGCUUCUACUGGCAGAUCGUGGGAAAGAAUCGGGAGGAGCAAAAUAUGACCAUGUUCCCGGUGGUGAUGGGUCAUAUCCCCGGCGGCUGCAAUAUCAAACAACCCCUUCACUACAUCCAAUUGCAGAACUCAGAUCGCUUCUGCCAGUACGACUACGAUCCCAAGGAGAACCAGCGGCUUUACGGACGUCUCACUCCGCCGGAUUAUCGCCUUGAAAGGAUCACUGCCCCGGUGGCCCUCUACUACGGCAGUAAUGACUAUCUAUCUGCGGUGGAGGAUGUUCAACGGCUGGCUAAGUUGUUGCCCAAUGUGGUGGAGAACCAUAUGUAUCGCAAAUGGAACCACAUGGACUUGAUCUGGGCCAUCAGUGCCAGGCGUUCGAUCCAGCCCAGGAUUCUGCAGGUGAUGCAGUACUGGGAAGCAGGCGGGGCAGCCAAGGACGUCACCACAGUAACACCGGUGGAGGAGGAGGUGGCUCAGUUGACUACGGGAUCCCCGGUUGAUGAGAACUUAGAAGAGGAUGAGGCGGCUGGCACCAUCGCUGGAAAUGAGGAGCAGCGAGAAAAGGUCCCGCAAGAUCACCUUGAAGGUGAUCUGGUAAAGGCAGCUACUGAUCCCACUUCAGAGCUGUAGGUUAAAUAAUUUAUUGUUUUUGCGAAAUGCACUUGAUUUAAAUGUGAUCUUUGGUUGUACCGUCCAUUAGGUGAUUGAAUAAUUUAUAUACAACAAAGUACAAUGGCACAAGUGACGAGUCCUUAAUAAAUGUUAUAUGGCUAAACACAGUUAUGAGUUUACCUAAUGUAUUUACUGAUAAAACCAUCUGUAAGAUAAUAGAUAGAUUGACCAAAGAGGAUCUCUUUGUUGUUAUCCUAAUCGUAUAUGUUGAUUAGUUCUUAAUUGUUGUUUUAAGAAAAGCCGUUCAAAAUCAGAUUC